UGUUCGAUCUUGUAACACCAUUAGAUUUGUAUUAGAUACCAUAAAAAGUAGAUUUCACUAACGAUUAGAAAGAUAGUUACAAUGAAGUAAAUAACUAAUAAUCUUAGUACCAAUAUCGACGAGGUAUACUCAUCGGUGAUUAUGCGACCUAUUUUCGUAAUAUUAGAGGUUAUGUUUACCUAACUUCGUACAGAAAGAUAGUUACAAUGAAGUAAAUAACUAAUAAUCUUAGUACCAAUAUCGACGAGGUAUAGUCAUCGGUGAUUAUGCGACCUAUUUUCGUAAUAUUAGAGGUUAUGUUUACCUAACUUCGUACCUCAUUUAAAAAAUUAGAUAUUUUUAUUUUAUAAAAUCAAUUAACCUAAAAAACUGUAUUUUUUUGUAUCUUUAUGAUAAUCCUUAAAUAUUGAAUAAGAACAAGGAUGUCGGUAUCAGUUGAUUUACUUCUUUUCAUAGAUUCUGUCACAUAUCUCGUUAUUGUGGCAAUCUUAUGGGGCAUAACGAACCCAUUCAUAAAAAAAGGAGCGCAAGGUCUAGAAAAUGUAAAAUCUUCUUCCAGAUUUGGUCAAUUUUUUAAGGAGCUUGCAUUCCUUCUAACGACAUUAAAGUACCUUGUACCGUUUAUUAUCAAUCAAAGCGGUUCUGUCUUGUACUUCUUAACUCUGAGCAGUACGGAUAUAUCAUUGGCUGUUCCGGUUACUAAUUCUCUUACCUUUGUGAUAACUGCGAUAACAGGUUGGAUCUUGGGCGAAGAGAAAAUACAUAGAAAUACAUAUAUCGGGAUGUCAAUGGUGUUGAUCGGAACAGUUCUUUGCUGUUGGGAUAAGAUAGGCGAAACUGUAUGAUUUUAAACUCGCUCUCCCUAAUCGCCACAUGUGCCUCGAACCACACACGUCAACAGAAACGUCACGUUCCGGUGGUGCAGGCGUACCAAUCACCCGGCAUACCA